AUGUCAAACACCAACUUUCGCCUGGAAUCAUUUCGUCCAUGGAAUCCUUUCCAAGACAAAGCCCAGCCUCUGCGUGAUCCCCCCGGUGCUUGUCGCUAUCCAAGUCCGGUCUCGAUCACUGCGACCCCGCCACCCUCCAAUUCAAGCGAUAAAGACCCAAAGAGCUACAAACUUCAUUCCAACAAACCUGAGCGACAUCCGCUUCCUGCCCGCCCGCCGACGGAAGUCUGCUUGGAUAGUUUGCAUUCGGAGACUCAAACCACUCGACGAGAAUGGGAGGGCUCAGGUCGGACACCUUCCACUGUCGAUUUACCCCAGUCUUUCGACUCUGAGAACAUUCUGCAGCCACAAAACAUAGUGUGCGCCGAUGACGUCGCUCCUGCGAUAUUUGCUGAUGGUGUUCGUUGGGACGCUGAGCAUCAACCCCUGGGUUUGGAAUCGGGCGGCUCGGAGCCUACCGGCUUUGCUGGUCAACAACCUCAAAUUUUCGAUUCUGAAGACGAUGCUCAGAAUGGAGAGCUACCAGGUAUUGAAAUCAUUGAUCCUGCAAUCCUGAACGGCAAUGACUCUCAGGAUGCUGAGCAGCCGCAAACAGCGGAGGGUAUCGCGACAAUCCGGGAAGACUGUCCCGCGAGGUCCACUCGCUCUCAGGAGAAAGCAUCAUCCCUCCAACGCAGACGACAGAACUCAAAGGCGACGGUGGGCGCUGAUUGCCAAUUGAAAACCACAAAACGUUCUAGUCCUGGGAAAAGGCACAUAAACAAGAGCCCCGGCCGGUUCAAUAAAAGUUCUGGUCAUCGUCAAAGCAUUUCCUUCCCUACAGUCCGUGCUCAAUUCUCGGCCCUUUCAGUCGAAGACCGACUACAGUUCCUUUCCUGGCUGUUUGAGGGUGCUCUAUCUCAUUGCGCCUCUUCGCCUUCCAGCCCCGAUGCCGCUUCUCCGUCAAGACCGGUCCCCGGCCAAUUUGAUGUGAGCUACGACUGUGAUCACACAAGCUUAAACACUGAACGGGCUGAAGUGCAAGGUACAUUUUCGAGAAAAGGACAGCCGUGGUCCGGGGAGGAAGAUCACCUUUUGACGAAGCUAAGAGAAAAGCAGAAACUCUCUUGGUCAGAGGUGAUCAAGCAAUUUUCACGUCAAUUCCCCGGGCGGAGCAAGGGGUCAAUACAAGUCUACUGGAGUACAACUCACAAGAAAAAACAGUCAUCCGUUCCCUUAUCCUUCGAUUGA